AUUAAUAUAAUUAAAUUAAUAAAUUGAAGUAGUCCAUGCCAGUUGAUGCUCCUAUCUGUAUGGAAAAAAACGGAAUGAUUUCAUUGUUUAGAGUCCAAAUAUAAAAAGUCUUUAUAAAAAGUAAUAUUAAAAAAUAUUAAUUGUUGCUAUAAAUAUAAUGUCUAACAAUAAUCCUCAUGGACAUAUAACUCAACCACCCCAAAAUCCAUCAUGGAAUCCUCUACAGAUACCAUCAUACAUACCGAGGCAGCCACAAUUGGCUCAUAUGUCCAACGAACGUCCAAUGGUACGUUCACCAUUGACAUGGCAUGCACCGGCUCCGCCACCGGACUCCAUAUAUAAUUUCAUGUCAGCUAAUCAUAAAAAUUUGGAGCAUCAAAUAAAUCCACUUAUUCAGCCAUAUGUGCGUGGUCCUUCGCCUUUUGAUUCAAUGGACUUAUCUUUACAAUCGGCACGAAAUGCUGCAUCGCCUUUAAAUAAAGGACUGCAUCCUGGUAUGGGGCAGCAUGAUUUUGGGCAUAAGCAAGCUCAGCAACAACAAUUAGCGCUUCAUCAACAAAAUCAGGCUCAAUCCCUUCAACAACAGCAUACAACACAAAUGCAGCUCACACAAAGUUAUCCCAUACAUAAUCUCUCCACAAAUGCAUCAAAUGCUUUAACACAUACGCAACAACAGCAAACUACACAGACUUCAAUAAACUCCACUGGUCCACAACAUUCUCACAGUUCUCAAAAUGCUGCUACUGCAUCGCCAUCUACUAAUUCGCCUUCUACAAGUUCAAUUGGAGCUAAUGCUAAAUAUAUGAACACAAAUGGUGGCGAUCGAGAUUCUAUGUUACCACCACCUGGUAUUGGUUCGGCAAGCAGUGGUGCAUCCCUAUCUGGUAACAAUAAUAAUGGCACCACAGGAACGGGCCCCAACCCUAUGCAUUAUUUGCGCGAUGCAGAAGUACGUCAUAGUGAAAACUUUGCCAAAAUGGCACAAAUGAGCCGCAAUUAUGAAAAUGAGUUACAGACGAAAUCAAUGCAGAAACCAGUUGAGCUGGUUAAUAAAGAUUGUAACUACUCUGCUAUAAUGCCAACUAAAAUGACUCCACACUCACAGCAAGUUUCACCGAAAAAACAUACAUCUCCAAUUCAUAAUUAUCACCCACAACAACAAGCUUUCACCAAUCCAACAACUGUAAAACAUAACGGUCCGCAUACACCACCCACUCCUCUGUCACCAGCAUCAAACCAACAAUCCAACCCAUCGGUCACAAAUAACGCAAACCCACAACAAAUGCCAACACAUUCACCUGUUAUGCAGAGUAACGCAGGCGUAAUCGACUACAAUCAACUACAUUUACAACAAAAUAGUUUUAACCCGCAACAUGUCCUGACAAACCAAUCACAUUUACAUUAUCCACAUCACCAGCAUCAUUUACAUCAGCACCAUAGCUCCCAACAAACGCAACAACAACUGCAACAUAAUCAACAAAGUCAGCAAUUGCAUCAUUCCCCCAUGCAACAGCAACAAUCUAAUUUAGUUGAUAUGGAUACAUACCCAAAUCGAACUGAGCCAAAUUCACUACAAUCCAAUAUUGAAAAAUCUCAAAUUGCAGACUUAUCAGCAGCGAAUGCAAAUAUUGCAGCUUACAAGUUUUCAGUUUCAACGCCCAGCAAUCCGCAGAAUCCUGCAACAUCACCUGAUAGUGAGUCCAUCGAUUCCAAUAGCAACAGCAGUGAAAGUCGUCAAAGACGAAAAAGAAAGUCUAGCAGAAUUGUUCGUAUGUCCUCAAGUGAAAGGGAAAACGAAGACACUGGUUCCAUCUCGCAUAAAUUUGGCGAACCCACACAGGGGCCUCUUACACCAAAACGUUGCAACAAUAGUCGUAGCCCAAAAGUUUCACCACAGCAGACACAACGAAAAUCACCUCAAAAUAUUGAAGGACCUUUGGAACAACCUCCAGAAAAUAGUGCAACUACGUCUAAUACGUCACAAAUAGUUUCAUCACCUGUAUCACGUGUAAUUGAAGCAAUCGAACCCGAAACGAAGGAACAAAAUAAUUUAGCUGCACUUGAAAAUGGGCAGUCUGUGCCAGUUGAUAUUUCUAAUGAUGGGGAAAAUCAAAGUAAAACUGCUAAAUCUGAUACUGAAGAAAAUUCGAAUGAUAGUCCCAAAACGAAGAAGCAGCGACAAGUAUUAAAAUUACGUAGUUCUGAGCCACAAGUAAAUGCAAAUAACUUAAAUUCAAGUUCAUAUAAUGAAAAUGUGGCAACAAAUGAUAACGCCGUGCUGGCUGAUGAUCUUAGAAAAGAGACUCAAGUCGAAGUAGAACAAAGUGCACAACUUUCAAAUAUAGUUUCUCAACCAUUAAGUCCACAAAGUAACAGCCGCAGCAGUAGCAGUUCAUCAAGUAGUUCGAGUUGUAGUAAUUCCACUCGGAGUAGUAAUGACAGCAAAUUACAACAGAACAAAAGUCCAACCGAUGAAGUGGAAAAAGAAAAAGAAAAUAUCAUUGCAAAUGAUAUUCACGGUUCUAGUUCCAGUAAUAAUACUAUGGAUAUCAAAGAAAAUUCUACUAGUAAUGAAAAUAAAACAAAUUUGGCUAUGAACGAUAAUAAAAGUAAUAUAGAUAAUGAACUAAAUAAUAGUCCACAUAAAUCCAGUUUCGAAGAGGUUGAAAAUAAAUUAGAAGAAAUGUUCGCUGGCAUUGAAGAUGAGCCUGUUGUGCAUGAAGAUGAUGAACGCUUAUUAGAGGAACCUGCGAACGAGUUAGACGUUGCCCGUGACUUAAGUUUGGCACUUGAGUUAACAACAAAUGCCAGUGAGAAUAUUAAUAAUAACAUAAAUGAUAUGAAAAACAAAGAAGAUAUGAAUGUGGAUAAAAAAGAAACCAAUGUAGAGAAACAGGAGACUCCUAUUAGAUUAGAAGGACCACCACCAACAAAAGCUGCCAAGAAAUCUACAAUGCCUAGCCCGCCAAAAGCAAAGAGCCCUAUUGAGAUUGUUGUCCCUCCUAAAAGAAUAAAUACACCUCGCAGACGUCUAUCAACAGCUUUAGAUCCCGCUAACUUACGCAUAUUCUUUGAAGAUUGUAAUAAAGAAACCGAGAAGCGUAAAAAACAACAAGAUGCAGGUAAAGAAAUUAUUGUUCACUUAGAUGACGAGCGUCCAAGUACGUCUGCUGCAGCUAUAGCUGCUUUAGCAGCUAAGGAAAGCACUGCUGCUAUUACUGAGGCAAGCUUGGCGGCAAAAAAAGAUAAGAAAAGUGUGACGACUGGAAAAAAGCGUCCCCUACCAAUUAUUAAAAGCAAAGGUGGUAAAAACAACAAGCAAAAACAACAGCAACAACAACGACGUAGGGCAAAUUCCUCGGAUGAUGAAUUGCCACCAACACGAGAAGCUUCUUCGAUUGCUGACACAAAAUACAAAUCACCAUAUAUUCUAGUAAAGAAAGAUGGUAACGUAAGCGUUAUUAACGCUCCUAUUGCAGAAGAUGUAAGUGAGAAAAACGUAAAAAUUAAGAAGGCUUAUGUGCAUGACAGAAGGAAUUUACGUGGAUUGCAUUCAUCUACAUUAAGUAAUAAAUAUGAUGCAGUUACGACUGACUCUACGUGGAUUUGUGUGUUUUGCAAACGGGGACCACACAAAAUGGGCUUAGGUGAUCUUUUCGGGCCGUAUUUAAUAUCAACUGAAUGUGAAGAAUAUAAAAUGGCAGUAAAAGCACCAGAUUCAUUUGAUAUUGAUGCAGAUUUUAUAAGUAAAAGAAGACGUUCCGAUAUGGUACAAUCUAAUGCAAGAAAUCUGCCAGUUGUACCAGCAACAACACAACCGACAACUGCGACACGAGUUGGAGCGAAUAAAAAGAAAAAGAAACAUUCCAACGAAACCAACGCAACUGAUCUGCCACAAUGUUCUAAUGCAAUAAUGCAACAACAAACGUUCCUUGGUAUGUGUAAGGUAUCAGAGAAUAGUUAUGAGGUCUGGGUGCAUGAAAAUUGCACUAUAUGGGCACCUGGCGUAUUUCUCGUUGGUGCACGUGUUUUGGGUCUUGACGCAGCUGUGUGGAAUAGCACGCGUUAUGCGUGCAUACUUUGCACAAAACCUGGCGCUAUAAUAUGCUGUCUGCAGCGUGAUUGUAAAGCUGCCGCGCAUGUGCCAUGUGCACAGGAAGCACAUUGGAAUUUAAAUGAAACUGAAUUUAAAGUUUAUUGCCAGAAUCACACUAAUCCGAAUACUAAUGCAAUUGCAAAUAUAGCACAAACAAAUGCCGCCGAUGCGUACUCUUGAGAACGUCGAGAAAACCAACGAAAUAAGCGCAAACGUCAGAGACCACGUUACCACUUAGUUUUUGGUUGCAGAAAAAAACAGCAAAAACGUUAUAACAAGAACCAAAAUCAAUAAGAUGGAAAUGCAGGAGUUGGACCAACCAAAUAUGUAUGUGUUUUGCUUUUAAUUAUUUAAUAUGAAUUUUUUUAACAAACAUAAGGUAAUAUUUUAAUUUAAAAAAUGAUUUUAACGAAAACUUCUUAACACACUCAAAUAGUGUUUCAAGCACUUGAAGUUGCUUAAUAAUAUUAUUGUUUUAACUACUGUUUUUAAUCUUUUUACUAUAUACUAU